GAUUAGUAGAUAGCAUUUUACUGGCGAGAGUGACGAUCGUAAGAAGGAGCAAGAGAUGCCUGAUCCUCCUAGGGGCAGUGAACGUGGGAAAGAACGUAAGAAACGUGAUACUACUGGUAAUAAUGGUGAGAGCGAGAAAUAUGAUUUUUCUCGUGGAGAUAUCAAGAUUGAGGGACGUGAAACUCCUCAAAGAGACGAUAGAGGUAAAAGGCGUGAUCCUCCCCGCUCGAAACCGAAAGAGGAAAUUCGGAGUUCAAAAAAUACAUCUAGGCAGGAUCUGAUUCUGGCUGUCAACAUGGAAGCCAGUCGCAAACCCGAUAAGUAUAAAAUAAGGGCACUUCUUGGACGAAGUAGAAACAUAGAGUUUUACAUAAAGCCAAGAUUCCUAAUAGCACGAAUCGCAGCUCGCCAAUCAAUAGCUUUCGAUUUUUAAAUGUCAUUAGAAUCUUCAAAAGAUUCA